CGUCCUUAGCUUUCGACUUCGUACCUCUCACCUCGUGUGCUAUCAAGCUGCUGCAGCAGUGAGACCUAGAACGUGUCUGUUCGACGUGUUCGACGUGCACAAACUUUCUCAUUGUGUAGCAAAAGUGAAACGAGCCCUUUGACUGACUCUCGUCCUCGCGAUGUCUGAAUACGAACCUGAUCCUAACGUCAAGAUUGAAUCUGUCUCAUCCUCCCCUCUUUCCUCCGAGUUUGACGAGCUGUUGUCGCGACUACGAAAGUCUCCACAUGAUCCCCAAGGCUGGAGUCGGUUGCGCGAGCUUGCAGACGCCAGCGAGAAUACGGAACAAUUCAACGAGGCAUACGAAGCGUUGUUAAAAAACUACCCGCACACGGCCGAAGCGGAAAUCGCGUUUAUCAAUCGGUUCUUCAACAUCCCAGACUUGCGUCGUGGAGAGGAGCUCCUGAACAGAUUCCUUCGCCCGUCGCCGUUUGUAGAUCUGUGGAGGUUCUAUCUGAACUUUGUCCGGCGCGUGAAUCAAAACUCCACGACGCGCGAAACGGUACGCAAGGCGUAUGAAUUCGCUCUUACCCACAUUGGCCAGGAUCGCGACAGCGGUUCCAUCUGGGCCGAGUACAUCCAGUUCCUCCACUCUGCCGAGACGACCACGACUUGGGAAACACAACAGAAGAUGGACGCUUUGCGCAAGGUCUAUCAACGAGCUGUCCAAAUCCCGCUUGACAACGUCGAGAAACUGUGGAGUGACAUGGAAGCGUUUGAGACCGGCCUCAACAAGCUCACCGCGAAGAAGUUCAUGACGGACUUGUCGGCAGCCCACACCCAAGCUCGUUCAGUCCUGCGACGGCUAACGGAGCAUCUUAACGGUCUCAUACCCCCCUCUUCGGGAAUGUAUCUCCCCGUUCCCUCGCAGAUUCAAGAUCGGACCUUCGUGGGCCGUUGGAAAGCAUAUCUCAAAUGGGAGGAAAGCAAUCCUCUUAUGCUCGAAGAGAAAGAUCAAGCAAGCCUCAAUGCCCGUAUCAAGCUAGCUUAUCGCAAAGCCGUCGUUCGCAUGCGAUAUUAUCCAGAAAUUUGGUUUAUGGCAUACUCAUGGACUGCAUCUGUCGCUGCAUUCAAGCCCGACGAAGCUAUGACGAUCCUAAAAGCUGGACUGGAGGCCAAUCCAGACAGUUUCGCGCUGACUUACGCUUAUGUCGAGCUGCUUGAGAAAGCUGAGAUGAAAAAAGACACGAAGAACUUUGCUGAAGUAGACGGCGUCUAUGACCGAUUUUUCAAAACUCUGCGGCCUGAGCUUGCACGGUUGACGGUGGCGAUAUCUGCAGCCUCUGCUCCAGAAGAACCGAAGGAGGAGCCCGCAUUUGACCCGAACGGAAUGGACUUUGCUCCUGGCAUGGGCGUCGCGGCCGAAGUUGAACAGAGGAAACUGUCAGAUCACAAGCAACAGCAAAUCAAGCAACUGAAGGAGGAACUCGAGGAAAAGAGGAAGCAAUUCGGAAACGUCUGGAUCAACUAUAUGCGAUUCGCCCGUCGUUCACAAGGCCAACUCGCCCAUCGUGAAGCAUUCGGAAAAGCACGGAAGGACGAAUACAUUCCCUUUGAGGUGUUCGAGGCAGCUGCUAUGACGGAGCAUCGAUGUAAUCAAGAGGACGGCACGGCGGUGGCCACACGUAUCUUCGAAGCUGGUAUGAAGAGGUUCGGAACAGAUGCGCAAUACGUUGACUGUCAUUUGGCGUUUCUCAUCAACAUCAACGACGAAAACAACGCCAGAGCACUCUUCGAGCGGGUGAUUGGCACGUUUCCCCCAAAGGACGCCAAACCAAUCUGGGAGCGAUGGACGAGAGCACGUUAUCAGUUCGAUGAUUUGGAAGCCGUGAUGGAGCUCGAGCGACGAAUGGCAGAGGUUUAUCCUGCUGACGCUCCCAUCAAACGGUUCGCUCAAAGGUAUACCUACUACGGCAUUGACGCCAUUGCGGACCACGACCUGGGCUUUUCCAAAACUCGAAAGCUGGGCAAUGCGAACAGCCAGUCGACGUCCUCUAUUCCAUCAUCUACGGUCUCGGCUCCAGCGCCGUUGAAUCCCGUAUCUCAGAUCUCCAACAAGCGUCCCCCUCCAGUUGCGGAGCGCGCAGAGCACAAACGUCCUCGGCAGGAUGAUCGAGAUCGCAACCGCCGAUUUCCGUCACCUCCAGCGCAGAAACAGCCUCCGACGCGUCAGGAGGUGAAGCUGCCGUCGGUUCUGCAUGAUUUCGUGAUGAUGUUGCCGGGCCCCGAGACGUUUGACGGUGUGUUCACCAACGCUAUCCCGGAGAAACUCCUGCUGAUCUCGCAAGCAGGACCUGUCUUCAACACUGAGAAUUUCUUGAUGACGUUGAAGAAUGUGAGGAUCCCCAGUUUGAAGCCAAUACCACCGUCUCCUCCGCCGGUCAAGUCAGGCGGCCGCCCCCCGCCAGACUACUCCCCAUAUCAGGGUCCGCACAGCAAUCCGAGGGGACGACGAUACUAG